UAAGUUUGGUUUAUGCAAGAUAGCAAGAUGAGUAUGUUAAGUCUGUGAGCCUAGUGCCAGUAGUAGGUGACAGUGCUGCAAUGUGAAUCAUAUUUAUCCAAUCAAGCACUGUUCACUGGUUCAUUAAAUACACCAGCGCUAGGCGGCGACUCGUACUGCACUUGGCUUACAGACUUUGAGACUUAUGACUCACAGACUCAGGAGUCAGGGAGUGCAGGGACUCAAACUUGGACUUGAGUCGAGACUCUGAUGACCUACGAUAAUUAAUACCGUACCUGACUCUGUGACUCGCGAAUAGCAGUUUAGAGACUUGUAUCGAAAACUGCUGGUUAAGUGGCCAUUUUUCAUUUGUUGUUGCUCUGUCCAAACCAUUUCCAUGUACUUUGUGCCUGUAUCAGACAUUCCUUUGUCAUACCGGUACUAUCUUCAUAUUUUCUGUUUUCAGCUGUUUCUGUUUGGAGAUCAGCUAAUUCUGACAGAUUAAAGUAUAAAGGUUUAAGUGAUAAUACAAAAAAUAUGUCGAAGCUAUCCAGAGUUGGAAAGUCUCUGCAAAACAAGGUUGUGGAAAAAAAGCUGCCAAACAUAAUAGACACAGUCAUAGCAGCCAAUCGUGCUUCAACGGGUCCUCCAUUGGGUCCCGUUCUCGGCCAAAGAGGAAUUCCUAUUGCGAAAUUCGCAUCAGAAUUUAAUCAACAAACAAAACAUAUAAAAACUGGAAUUCCACUUGAUACUCGGAUAUACCUUGAUGGGAAAAAUUUCAAAAUUAAUAUUUCAUCACCCACCAAGGGGUAUAUGAUAUUUCAAGCAGCUGGUGCAAAAAAGGGGGAAAGGCCAUUAAAUUUAGGUCAGGACUUCAUUGGAAAAAUUACUCAUAAACAUAUAUAUGAGAUUGCAAAAGUGAAAAUACAGGACGAAUACUACACUAUUCGCGAUUAUACUAUGCAGCAAAUGUGUGAAGAAAUUGCUCAAUCUUGUUAUAGGAGUCAUAUUGAUAUUGUUGAAAAACUUGAUCCUGAAGUCUAUGAUCGUUAUUUACAAACUGUAGAUGAAAAAGAAGCAGAAUACCAAGAAGAAAAGUUACAGAAAGAACUGGAGUUGAAAAAGAAAAUGAAAUUAUCAUGAAUUCACAGUGAUGAUUUCGCACUAUCUUGCUAUUUAUUUUUUUUGCCAUUUAAAAACCCAGUUUAAUUUAAGUUAAGAAAUGGAAUAAUACUAUUCAGAAAUAUUUGAAUUGGUUAGCAAUUCUGAUACCUAACCUUCUUGAGACUUCUGACUUUGAUGUGACAGUAAUUUACACUUUACAGUCUCUAUUUCUCAAAUAAUAAUUUUAAAUGUUCAACCUCCAAAUUUGUUGAUAGCAAAAUUUUGAAUACAUGAACUUUUGAGAUUGCAAAUGCUUACUCCCAAUGUUUCCAACUGACUUAUUCAGAAAUUUGAUGACUCUAUUUCUAACAUGGCCAAAUCCGGCCCGCUGGGUAGGCUACUUCAAUCUGGCCCGUCUGAUGCUGCCACAGCCAAUCUAAAACCAAAUUUUGAUGUUUUAGCAAAAAAAUAACUAAGGAAUUUGUUGAGAUUGCGAUUAACUUUAGUUUUGGCACGAGGCUUACUAUUUUUAAAUUUUGCUUUUUAACACUGUAAAUAUUGUUCAUGAUAUGUAACUGUUUACGUCACUUUUACCUGGCCUUCCAGUUUGGGUGGGAAAAUUUUUGGCGCCUUGUUCUUGUCUGAAAACCUUGCCUAAUCCUGCUCUAAGGUAGUUGAAAAAAUUAGCUCUAUUUUUGUGGAUUUUCAUAAUAUGACUUCUAUACCAGCUAUAUGUAAUAUGACUAUGACUCCCAUCUGCCUCAAAUCAAUUUCCUACAUUUUCAUGCAACAAGUUUUUCAAAAUUAUCAUGUAGCUCUUGGUGAUACAUUUUGUUUAAAUAUGUUUUACAAAAAGUUAAGUAUUCUCUUGGUUUCUUUUUAACUCACUAAAUAGUGCUGGGUUGAGAAUGAAUAUGGAGAAUUAGGAAUAUUAAACUACAACCAAAAGUAAGAAAAAGUGUAUUUCAGCACAAUCAUUGGUAUUCAAACUCGAAGUAUUUCAAAUUAUACUUCUCUUUUUUACAGA